AUGUUCAGCGGGGGAACAUUUGGGUUUUCAGAUGGUGGAUGUUAUGUGGGAGACUGGCAUGAGGGUCGCGCACAUGGAUAUGGGAUAUGUAAGGGCCCUACAAGGCAGGGAGAAUACAGUGGCCUUUGGAGUAAUGGAUUUGAGUCUCUGGGAGUAUAUACAUGGCCCAGUGGUAACACAUAUCGUGGCUACUGGGACCAAGGCAAAAAAAAUGGCCUAGGCGAAGAGCACAAAGGACGAUGGUUGUAUCGAGGCGAGUGGACACAUGGAUUAAAAGGAAGGCUUGGAGUGAGGGAGAGCCUCUCUGGAGCAAGAUAUGAGGGUCUAUGGACAGACGGACAGCAGGAUGGAUAUGGCGUGGAGACAUAUUCAGAUGGAGGUACGUAUCAAGGACAGUGGCAGGCUGGUAAACGUCAUGGAUAUGGGGUACGUCAGAGUGUCCCAUAUCACCAAGCUGCACUCUUACGCUCUCCUCGAACACCAACCCUCAAUUCUUUGCCUCAUUCCCCUGGUGCCCAUUCUCAUGCCAAUCCAGGACUCCUGCCAGGAAGUCCAGCCUCCGGAUCACGUGGGGGAUUUGUUCUAAAAGUUCAAGGGGUUGGAUCAGAUGGUCCAGGAACUGGAGUGAGUGGUAAGCCCAAAAAGAGAGGCUUUUUUUUCACACGUUCACUCAUACUAAGUGGUUUCCGACUUCAUCGUGGAUCAGACACCAAAGCACCUUCAGGUGGUCGAGACAGCCAACGUAGUUCUUUAAGAAGUGAGACACGGGGGGCUGGAGGAUCCUUGGGGUCUAGUGCCAGUCAGGAUGGAUCAAGUGCUAGUGUUGCAGAAACAGAGUCUGAGUUGGCAAUUGCUGCAUGGGAAACAGAGACUUAUGCUGGUGAAUGGAAGGGUGAUCGCCGCAGUGGAUAUGGAGUAAGCCGAAGGUCCAACGGACUUUGCUAUGAAGGAGAAUGGUUACGAAAUCGACGGCAUGGCUAUGGAAGAACCACCUAUCCUGAUGGGUCACGUGAAGAGGGAAAGUACAAAAUGAAUAUGCUGGCGAGUGGAAAAGUCAAAAGCCUGUUCCCGCUACGAAGAGGAAAAGGGAGGGAGAAAGUGGAAAGAGCUGUGGAGGCUGCAAGAAGAGCAGAAGUUACAGCAAGACAAAAGCAAGAUAUGGCAAUAGCCAGUGCUGCUGAUGCUCGUCUUCAGGCUGAUUCUGCUUCUGUAGCUGCACAACAGGCACUGGAAGCAUCUCGUACUGCUCAAAUCCUCUCUCAUGACCUGGAAGAACUGCUGGAGACACCAAGCUCACAAUGUGUACAGGAUGAGGAGGAGCACAGUGUUGAAGGUGACAUGCCUUGGCUUAGACAGUGUUCCACCGAUAUGUGUAAUGAAGGAACACCUUUGUCUGACCAAACCCCAGAACCAAGCUUGCCUCCCAGCCACCCUGAUACUCCCCCAGGUGUGUUGUGCAGCCAUCUCAGAGACGGGACUCCAUGCCCCCCAAUCCAGGAAGAAGAUUCUCCUUCUCAGGUGGGAACUCCUGCACAUGUUGUUGAUCACCCAGUGGAACAAGAAACCAUUGAAUCCAUGCCUGAAAAAGAACUAAAUAACCCUUCACCCAGCACAGAAUGCAUGGAAGAACCAGUGGAUACUGGGGGGACACAUGAGCCCCCCAAAAAACCUCGUAUGCAAAUGGAUGCUGACCCUCUUGUGGUGGCUGUCGUGCUGUUUCUUGAUGUUUCGCUCGCAUUCCUCAUCUCGUAUUUUCUGACAUGA